GCAGAGGAUUUGGGGACUCGGAGUUGGUCAGUCUUUCGUGAGUCUGUGACCAUUUGGCGCCGCAAAUCAGCAGCUUUUGCUCUUGCCACCGACGAUCCCUCCUUCGAACCCUUCUGGGACCGUGUAAAGACAGUCCGAUUCGCGAAGAAGCCGUUGAAAGAAGGACUUUGGCGUAGCGGCGGAGAAGCGUCUUCGCAUCAACUGCCCAACCGCCUCGUCUGCGACGUUGUGGGUCACUUCCUCAAUGGUCUCGUCCUUCAUCCAAAUCCAUUUGGUAGACUUUGCCUGGCGUGUGUCUACGCCUCAAAUUCGGCACCGCCGGGUCGCCGUAGCAACCGCGGCGAGUGA